AUGACUUACAGCAUCCCUCUUUCCUUCCCCCUCUCCUCCUUUUCCUCCCCCUCCCCUUCCUUGUUCUCCUGCCUCCCUGCAUCACAUCACAAUCCUGAUAAGCGCAAGCCAGGCCUCAAGGAUACAGACUAUCAAGCUGUCGCAACCAAGCCGCUCACCAAUUUCAACAAGUACUUUCGCUAUGUGAGCCUGGGGUACAGCGGAACAGCCACAAAGCCCUCAUGGACGUAUAAGACUGCGGUGGACUGGCGCACGCAGGUUGUCAGCAAGCAGAACAGAACGGUCGUGGGACCUACUGUCGACCAGGGCACGUGUGCUGCGUGUUGGGCUCUCGUCCCGGUGGCAGCGAUCGAAGCAGCGUAUGCGAUAGCGUUCGGGUCGAACCAGCCCAACAUCUCAGGCCAGCACAUUCUCAACUGCCAGGGCACCUGGGAGUGCGUGGGGGGCCUUCCUUCCGACGCCUUCCAGUUUGCAGCCUCAGGGGGAGUGCUGCCGGAAUUCAUUGUGCCGUACACAGGCACAAAAUACGCAUCCAGCUGUCCGCCCGCCCAGAGGAGGAAAUUGGCAGAAUCCUUUCCUCCUGACCUCUGGUUCGAUCGAGCACUAGAGGACCACCUCCAUGCCUCUCCUGCUCAACCCCCUCCCUCUGUGCUGUGUGCCAAGAAAAAGCCCCCCCCUGCCCCGGCUGCCCAGCCGGUCCCGGGGCCGUACCGGGUUGCCAUGUUUGAACAGGUGGCGGUGUCUGGUUGGCUGGGCAUGGUCAUCGCGCUGCAGGCGCAGCCAAUCAUUGCGAACGUGGAGGCGGACCAAACGUCUUUUAUCGAAUACACCGGGGGCUACAUCUAUGCGGACCCGGACUGUUUUAUCAACGGGGUGGUGAAUCACAUAGUGCUGCUCGUGGGCUACAGCAUGUCUGGCGCGACGCCCUACUUCAUUGCGCAAAACACCUGGGGAGCCACCUGGGGGGUGGGCGGCUUCAUGCAGAUGGCCAUUGCAUCAGGUGACGGCAUCUGUGGCAUCAAUACCUCUCCCGCUCUCUACCCUGUGGUCCGGGGUCCCAACCCGUGUGUGCCGAACCCGUGCGGGAGCGGCACGUGCAGUGCCGGCAGGGGCCCGGGGGGAUACACGUGCAAGUGCAAGACGAAUUUCGUUGUGGGGAAGAAUAUCGACCAAUCACCUGUGUGCAUACCACUGAAGCCCUGCUCGCUGAACGCGGUCAACCCCUGCCAGGUGGGCACGUGUCUGGACGACGCCAGAGGGGGCUACAACUGCAUCUGCCCGCCGGGUUUCUUCUUUGAUACCCGGCCCGACAACACGCCCUCCUGCAUCCUUGGCCCCACGCCCGAUGAAAUCAAGGUUGUUCCCGGGCUCACAUGCGACCUGGUCAUGUCUAUCUAUGGCAUCACCCUCACCAACUUUACCCAGCUUAACCCGGAUCUGAACUGCAAGAAGCUCAAACUAGGCGAUGACAUCCAUAUUGGCGACACCAACCCAUGUGCCACGCCCUAUACGGUCACUUCUCAAACCAGUACGUGUGCAUCCAUAGCCGCAGCAUUCAACAUCACCACGGUUGAGCUGCAGGAGCGCAACCACGAGCUCAAAUGCAACAAGGCGCUGCAGAUUGGGCAGCAGCUCUUCCUUUUCAAUUUAAACGCGUCCAGCACAUUGCAUGCGCUCUGGUUUCCAGUCUGGGACUCCAUGCCACAGGUGUGUGGGGCGAGGGGCACAGCUGACGUGGCUGUGUGUGUUCCAGGACGGGGAACAGCCGACCUGCCGGUGUGUCAGGAGUAUGUGACUGUAGCGGAGGGAGACACGUGUGACACUAUAAUGAGGUCUGCGCGGCCGCCGCUGACCGGCCAGGAGUUCUAUGCGCUGAAUCCAGGCAUCAACUGCAACGUGGGGGAUCAGAGUCUACUGGGGCAGCAGGUGGGUUAG